AUGCCACGCUCCUUCCUGGUGAAGAGCAAGAAGGCUCAUACGUACCACCAGCCCCGCACCCAGGAUGAGGAACCCGUCUGGCCUCCUGCCCUGAGCCCGGUGACCAGGGAUCAAGUCCCGAGCGAUGACCCUGUUGUCAGUACCCUGUUACCGAACCAGUGUCUGGACUGGACCGACCUCAAACGGGAGCCAGAGCUGGAGCUGGACCAGAGCUUGACCAGGAUGGUCUUGGCACCAGACGGUCCUGCUGUGAUGCCCCCAACCCGGGACCGGGGGGACUCACCGCCCUCCGACUCGCCCCCCUUCUACAAGCCCAGCUUCUCCUGGGAUGCCUUGGCCUCGUCUUACGGCCACAGCUACCGGCAGGCCCCCUCCACCAUGCAGUCUGCCUUCCUGGAGCGCUCUGUCAGCCUGUACGGCAGCCCCCUGGUGCCCAGCACCGAGCCGCCCUUGGACUUCAGCCUCCGCUACUCCCCGGGCAUGGACACGUACCACUGCGUCAAGUGCAACAAGGUCUUCUCCACCCCACACGGGCUCGAGGUGCAUGUACGUCGCUCCCACAGCGGGACGCGGCCCUUCGCCUGUGACGUCUGCGGCAAAACCUUCGGCCAUGCGGUGAGCCUGGAGCAACACACACACGUCCACUCCCAGGGGAUUCCGGCCAGGUCCAGUCCUGCGCCCAGCCUGGCAGCCCUGGGUCGCGAGGCCCCACCUGCGCCUGACCCCCCGGGGCCUCGUUUCCUCCGGCAGGAGCGCAGCUUCGAGUGCCGGAUGUGCGGCAAAGCCUUCAAGCGCUCGUCCACCCUGUCCACCCACCUGCUCAUCCACUCGGACACGCGGCCCUACCCCUGCCAGUUCUGCGGCAAGCGCUUCCACCAGAAGUCGGACAUGAAAAAGCACACCUACAUCCACACCGGAGAGAAGCCGCACAAGUGCCAGGUGUGCGGGAAAGCCUUCAGCCAGAGCUCCAACCUCAUCACCCACAGCCGGAAGCACACAGGCUUCAAGCCCUUCAGCUGCGAGCUCUGCACCAAGGGCUUCCAGCGCAAGGUGGACCUUCGGCGGCACCGCGAGAGCCAGCACAACCUCAAGUGA